AUGGGUAAGGAAGCUAUUGUCAUUGCUUACAAGGUUCCUUUUACCACCCUCCCUCAGCAAUAUUCUUAUUUAACAUUCGUUGUUAUGGAUGUAGCUCCUUUAAUUGAAACGAUUCCUAGUGAAGGUUCUGAUUUAGAUUCUUUCUCAAGCUUCCGUGGGACCACUUAUGCUAAGGCUACUAUAGUAGCUUUUGAGGCAACUCAGCUUAUGGUGAAAGUUGUGGUAUCCCUCAACACGACAGAUAAGGAGAUUCAUGUUGCUUUUGUUGAGGCUACGGCAGCUGAACCGGCUGAUAUUGAUGGGAUAAAUGACUACACAUCACUUCGUUCUUCUAAUGGUUCGAUGGACAUGGGAAGCGCAAUUGAUGAAGCCUCUGGACAUGGUGGAGAAAGAUUUGCUAUAACAACAUAUAUCUCGCCACGGCUGACUCCUGAAGCUCCAAAAAUUAUAUCCAUAAGUGGUUCCUCUAGGGGUUAUUCUGCUGCUGGGUCUCCCCAGAGAACUGGUGUAGAUUCUCCAACAAAGCCCCAGCAUGGUGGGACUUCACCCUCGUGGUACUCGUCAAGCCAGCAGUCAUCCGCGGCUAGCACUCCUUCUCGUCGGCAUUCACUACCAGCACGGAGUCCUCGAAUCGAUGGGAAUGAAUUCUUUCGUCAAGCCAUGUGUCAGCUUUCGUAUGAACAUUUCAGUGCAUUUUUGGCUAACAUCAAGGAACUGAAUGCUGUUGUUUUAAAGAAGUAG